CAAGCGCUGAAAGCAGAUUAAACGGUUAAACUGAAGUGCGUCUCUGUGAAACUCCCAUCGGACUAACCCGCCUUCGCUUUAUUUAUUUACCGUCCCAAUGAGUCUUCUGUCGGCGAUGGAUUGUUCACGAAAAUGUUACUCUUCGUGUAAGAGCUGAGGACAACUUGGAGCUCCCAUCAUGGCAGCAAGCAAGAGUCCAUGUCUGAUGCAGAGGACCACUGGAUCAAGAAGAAAACAAAGCGCCUGCACACUCUGGAAUUCAUUAUUGAUGAAACAAGACUUCUGAAACUUUCUCUUUGCUUAUAGUAACCUGCCGAAGUUCAGGUCCAAAAUAUAAAUGCAGUGCAAGUGGAUAGGACAAAAACUUCAAAAUCCUACACACUGCAUAUAGUUUUUUUGAGCUAGCCAAUGAAAUCAAUUCAUUUAAUGUUAGCUGUCGAACUAACUGACUGAGGCAUCGGAAUGAUGAGUAGACUCAAAUGAUCAAACCAAUGCUGUGAAGAAUUGGUGAUGCAGUCCAAGGAAAAGUUCCUCCUCAAUGGGGAAAUAUAUAAUCUGACUCUAAGCUAAAUGGAGGAGCGGGAUCGCAGUCGCUCACCGUCUCGCAGGACCAGCAGAGUAGAGCAGGUGGUGGGACACUGGCUUCGCCGCUCCAGAGAGUCCAUCAGCAGAGAGCGUGUGCUAGAAGAUGGGCAAGUUGCCGACAAUGGCUCCCAGGAGCAGAGGAGCUGUCCAAUUAGAGUCACUGUUAAGAUCCCACUUGACCCCAUCCUUAACUCCCAUGGCUUUACUGUCUCAACACACACUCCACCCCAAGUGCUGGACGUGACAGAAGGUGGCCCUGCUGAUGGAAAGCUUGUCCCUGGUGACCAACUUUUUAAAAUAAACAAUGUUGCCAUUGAUGAUCUAUCUACAGAGCAGGCUGCUGACAUCAUCAGAGAAUGCCAGAACACCAUAGUACUGACUGUACUAAGAAAUACUGUGGGGCCAAAGUCAUCCUUUAUAACUCCAGAGAAGAGAGCCAAGCUGAAGUCAAACCCAGUUAAAGUGAGGUUUGCAGAGGAGGUGGUGGUCAAUGGUCACUCACAGGGUAACUCUCUGCUGUUCCUGCCCAAUGUUCUGAAAGUCUCUCUGGAAAAUGGCCAAACGAAGGCUUUCAAGUUUGAAUCUAAAACCACUGUUAAGGACAUAGUAAUGACUCUGAAGGAGAAACUCUCAAUCACCCGUAUCGAACACUUCUCUCUGGUGCUGGAACAACAGUACAGCAUCAGCAAACUAUAUCUACUGCACGAAGAAGAGAUUAUUCAAAAGGUGGUUGAAAAGAAGGAGACUCACGACUACAGGUGUCUGUUCCGUGUCUGCUUUCUACCUAGAGACUUUAAGAGCAUGCUCAAAGAAGAUUCUGUGGCCUUUGAGUAUCUAUACUUACAGAGCGUGAGUGAUGUAUUGCAGGAAAGGUUUGCAGUGGAGAUGAAAUGUAAUUCAGCUCUCAGACUGGCUGCUCUACAUGUGCAGGAAAAGCUAGCCAGCAGUGGACAAUCCCUUAAAACACCACUGAAGGCCAUCAUGAAGGAGUGGGGUAUUGAAAGCUUUGUAUCCCACACCUUACUGCGAAACAUGAGAGAAAAGGACUUGAAGAAAGCCAUCAGUUACCACAUAAAAAAGAUUUUGUCUCAGGAGCCCAAGCAAAAGGUGAUCUCAGUGGAUCAAGCUAGACUGAACUACUUGAAUGAGAUGUCUGAACUCAGGUCCUAUGGAGGAAAGACUUUUAGUGCCACUAUGAUGCUGCAGGACAGAGAGUCAACGGUGAGUUUGUUGGUGGGAGCUCAAUGUGGGGUGAGUCAGGUGAUCAACCACAAGCUGAGCAUCAUGACCACACUAACUGAAUUCAGCUGCAUUACAAGAGUGGAACUAUUACCUGAGUCUGACAGAGUUAGUCUGGUCAAGAUCUACCUGCAGGAUAUAAAGCCAAUAACCUUGCUGAUGGAGUCAGUGGCAGCUAAAGAUUUAUCGUGUCUAGUUGCUGGAUACUGCAAACUGCUUGUGGACCCCCAGGUCUGUGUGUUCCCCUGGUCAACUAAUACAAAGAGCCACCGCAUAUCAGCAGAGGAGGGUUAUGUGUCACACUGUGGCAGUGACUCUGACGACUCAGACACAGACGUGGAUGCUCUCCUUGCUCAUGUUGCUAGCACUGCCAGAAGCAACAACACAGCAGUUAAACCCAGUGAUAAGCUACCAGACGAAACCGAAAAAGCACAAAGUUACAUAGAAAAAGAUGAAGAGGUGGAGACGGAAGGAGGCAAAGAAGAGGAGGUGGUUGAGAAGAAGGAAAGGGAGGAGGACAAAGAAACCAUCCAUGAAUCUAUGCUUGGUAAUAAUGGAAAAACAGUAGAAAGAGACAACGAGAGAGUGGGCACAGAAAAGGAAGACGAAGAGCAAGAGAAAAAGCCUCAACAACCUCAGUGUGUCAUCAUUGUCGAUGACCCAUCAUCUGAAGCAUCUGAUUCAUACCAAACUGAGUCACAUUUCAUGACCAGCAUGUCCAGUGACUCUAUAGAUGCCCUAGAGGAGGACGACCUCAUGACCUACUUUUCUACCAGACGCCCAUGCCAUUUACCAGUGAAAGACUCUUACUGCUGUGAAGAUCGCUAUUCACCAUCAUUGUCUCCACAGCAACUGCACAGCAAUGAUUCUCAUUCCCAAAGUGACCUGUGCUCUGCUGAUUCCCACUGUGAGCCUGAUAUUAACCAAUUCUUUUGCGUUCCUGCACUCUCAAAUAUUGCUGAAUGUCUACCUAGUCCCCCUGCAGCCAGUGAAGAGGAGGAUUGUGAGGAAUUGGGAACAGAGAAUGAAAAACAUGAAAAUGAGUCACCUGCAAAAUGUCCUGGGAGCAGCCUACCUCCUUCUGGAGACUAUGUGUUCACAUUUGAACAAGGAGACACCAGACAUUAUUACAAUAUCUGCUCCAAUGUUACCCCUGACAGUGCCCGGAGCCUUCCACGACCUCUCUCUCCUCCAGGUCCUGUGGAAACACAACCAGAUCAGGAAAGAGAGGAAGUGAAUCAGACAGAAACAGUGCCAAUCUUUCAACCCCCACCAGGGUUUGGAGAUAGCAGUUCAGAUGACGAGUUCUUUGAUGCUCGGGAAAGAUUCACAUCUCCUGAAGAACCCUCCUCAACUGCCAUGACAAGAGAAACUUCUGCAGAGUCAAGCACCAUAUUACAGACACUAAGCCUGAGGGGGAUUGGCAUCUGUGCAAGUGAACAAGAGACAGUGGAUUUAGAGAGGAAAGAAAAGGAAGAAGGAAAAAUGGUUUCUCAAGUUGAAUCAUCAUAUUUCAACAAAAGAUCUAAAAAGCGUCGCUCAUUCAUGGAAACAAAUUACACAUCCCUGGUAUCAUUCCCAGAACAGGAUCAUUUAGGUAACAGCUAUGGAAAUAGCAUCCCAAACUAUGGAUCUAUAUCAUUCAACCAAGGUGCUGGCCGAAUGCCAUGUUUUGAUGGUGGAUGCUCAGAUAAAGGUCCAUGUCCUACAGUCUUAUCCCUAACCGAUUCUGAAGGAGAACCAGCGCAACUGGAAUCCAAGCCCAUCAACCCAUCCAAAGUCAAUGGAUCAGGACUACAUAAUCCUACUGAUACACACUCAAACAAAGCAUAUCAGCGGAAACAGCAACUUAUAGAGAUGGAACCAGAUUCCAUGGAGUUCAAAUCAGUCACUGAACUAAUGUCUACUGUAUCACCAACUAUAGUAGCAGUACGCUCCCAUAUGGACCUACAGGGUGAAGGAAACACCAGUAACCAUAGCAGAGAUGAUCAAGAGGAAGGUGCAGUGGGAGGUCUAGUUGAGAGACUGUUUGGAGGUCACUUGUUCUUUGAUAUGUCUAGAGGACAGUGUGAUAGCAGUGUUUUAUUUGAUCAAAGAGAUGAUCAGGUAACCAAACAAAUGGAAGAUUUUUUCCAAGGCAGUUCAGUAACUCAAAAGAGCAGCUCACUACCAAGACUAGGCCAGAUAUCCCCAUCAAGUUUACCCUACUUUCAUGUCCCAAGCAUAUCUUACACCACAAGCCCUAAUAUAGACAGAUAUGGCAAUACUGUACAUCUACAAUUUGGGAUGGGAAAGCACUCGGUGGAGCCAAUAGAGAGAACCAGAAGUCAAAGCAUGUCUGCAUCUUUUGGUAACAGCGCACUGCAUUGCCCAUCAAGGCACUUAUUUUCCCAGCGAGUCAAAGGACCAGAAUCUGAUGAAACCGAUGAUUUUUGUGACCCUUCACUCCGAGAACUAUCUUCUAGUGUACCAUCUUAUGAACCAGCCCAAAGGUUCCUUCUUACACCCUGUUCAUCCAGCAUCCUUGGGCGACUCUCUGCCUCAACAUUGCGGGGAAAGAUCCAGAACCUUCCCCUCUACUUAUCACGUUCCCAGGAAAUGUUAAAUGCCAGUUCUAAUGGCAGUGGCAGUGUUGAGCCUGUGAGAAGACUUUCAGAAACACAGCUACAAACAAAUGAAGUUGAAGUAGCAGAAGAGGCAACUGAGGAUGUAACGUUGAAUGAAGGUUCUCCUGAGGUAACAGAGGUAAAAGUGGUUACCAUAGUAUCUGAAGAGGUCACUGAGGUCAUUGAGGAGUUAAGAGAGGUCAGCCACACUAGUGCUAAAGCAUGUGGGCAGCAGAAAACCAAAACUGACCCUAAAGAGUUUUCUGUAAAAGCCAUAUCCCCCUUGUGCUCCAAAGCAGGCAACUCUCUCCAAGUCAGCCCCUCAUCUGUAGUGGUUACUACACAGAAUCUAAACAGACCCUGGGGGGUGGUAACGUCUAGUGGGUUACAAGGAUGUAGCCACCCUUCCUCAAGCACAACUCCCCAUAACUUCACCUCUAGUUGUGGGGUUUUUGCAAACUGCAAGUCCGAACCUACCAUAACCCAACCACAAUCCUUGCCUAGCUCAAAUCUACAUGAGAAACCAGAACUUAGCUGCAGCUCGGUACUGGCUAUGGGGUGUGACACUGUAAUGGAAGGUGCUCAAACACCUUUAGAGGCCUGCCAUACAGUAUACACCAACUGUUUUAGUGGAGUUCUUGACAGCGCCAGUUUCGAUGAUGAACUCACCGUAUAUGAGUUUUCCCGCAGAACAAGCCAGGGUGAAACAGGGCAUGCUGUUUUGACAUCUGUCCCUCCUUCCUCGCUCUCUGCAUCUCCUGCAUCUUUCUCCCCAUCUUCUCCAUUGCCCUUGUUCCCUCAUCUAGUACUGCCUGCUUCAUCAUCUACAGAGCUCAGUCCCCUUCUGUUUCCAUUGGAUGCCCCUGACUGCUUCCUUUCAGACCUUCAUGAAGAUACCAUCACUUCACUGUUGACUCGUCGAUAUCCCCUUCCACCAACAGGAUUCCUUUCUUUGCAAAGGGAUGUGGAUACCCUCUUAAAUGUUCUUGCUGGCGCUAUGAAAAACCAAGAUGGGGUCCAUGAGCACCCCAGGGAUAACUGUGUGGCUCACUUUUCAGAGAACAAAAGGCGAUUACAUGCAGAGGCUCGGGGGCUUUUAGCAGGAUGCCAACGCGUGGUCAGGGUUGGGCAGACGCCAGAGGAAACACUUAAGUCGUUGUCUGAAAGCUUCCACUCACUGGUACAGCUGACAAGCGUGUGCUUAUGUUUCUCUAGCUGCCAGCGAUGCAGGGAGCGCCAUGCCCAAGCACUUACAGGACUAGCAAGUGUUGCAAAAACUUAUCAGGACUUUGCUCGGGCAGCAGAGCUAGUGGGAAGUGCUACAGAAAGAAAGACUUGUCAUGAUCUCAGUAUUAAACUCCUGGCUCGCCAAUGCACUGCACUAACAACUUCAGUCUUCUGCCUCACCCAGCUCUUUCGCACUCUUACUGCCCUUUGACCUUUGAACAGUUACAUUGAGUAGUUUUUUUUUCCUCCUCCAAACCGCAAGAAACCAGUCAGAAUAAUUCAAAUGUUUUUCAAAUUGAACUGUUGAGAUCUAUAACAUUAACAUUGAUGCAGUGUCCAAAGGUAGUGGCACACUCACAAACAUACAGACACUGAAAAAUAAAACCUACCAUUUAAAUGUUUUGAAUGGAUUAACCUACAAUGACAAGUGUACUGAGAACAGAAUUUCUAAACAGGGUACUAAACAGCUUGUUUCACAGUAUUUGUAUGUUGGGUUUAAGUAUUUAGUAUUGAAUGUAAUUCUAAACCAUAACUGUCUUUGUACUAUGGUUGUCCGUAAUUUAUUCUGCUUUAUGAGGAAAGCAUAGACAGGGAUUUUGCGUAAUGUAUUUUCCAACAUUAUCUGCUCUCAUACGCUCUCUUUCUUGCUUUCUCACUACUGUUCUCACCAAUGUUGCACAUACAGUAUAUUCUCUUCUCUCUGCUAGUGUCUAUAUUAGAGAAUGUUAUAAAAGCUUUCUGCAGUAAUCACCUGGGUUAUAAAUGUUUACUAAAUACAAACAAUAUUUUACUUGAGUUGCCAGUAAUGUUACUGUGUUCCUUUAGAAGAACAUACCAAAGCCUAUGGAUGAAUGAUUUUGCCGUGAAUGCAGAUUCAUUCAAAAGACUUUAUAUUAACUUUUGCACAUGCUUUACAGUUAUAACUUCAAGAAGGGAGGUUUAUGUGGAUCAUUCGAUUAUUUUUGUGGAAAAACAACAGACUAAUUUUUGGUGCCAUUGAUUUAUUUUUCACUGAUAAGUUUUUCCUUUUCAGUCAUUCCUCCCUCUCUAGUUUUCCCAAAGCACCGCUCACAUAAUCUUACAAUGAUCAAAUUAUUCUAGAAAAUGUUUGAAAAGUGACAGAUAUGGAAAAUUACAAAUUUGAGUGUGACAGAAUAUUAAAUGGCUAAAUUAAAUGGAAAGUAAUUUACCCACCAGUACAUGUGUCUGAAUACCAAAAAGCUGCCAUGCACUCUCUUCCUAUAAGGCAGGGGUGCCCAACCCUGUUCCUGGAGAUCUACCUUCCUGCAGAGUUCAGCUCCAACCCUGAUC